AUGUUUGGUUAUGUCUCCGUGUCGUUGAACGCGUUGCUUGUCUUCUAUCUUUCCCUAUCGGCGUCUAUAACCGCUGCCGAUCAAGACACACUGAUCAAUGGAGAGUCCAAACGAAAAGGGUACUCCAAAGGAGAGCUUAUACCGGUCAGCUGUUUGAACAGAACAAUUGACACCGGCGAACAUAUUACCGAUGACCACGGAAAUUUACAAUAUAUACCCUUCCCGACGUGCAACGAGACAAACAAACCCCUUUCGUUCGAGUACAACAUACCGCAGACACAGACCUGCACCAUCGAUGCGCUGCCAGAUGAGCUCUACCAUCUCCUCGAAUUCUUUGUCCACAGCGACGUCCCCUUGACGUGUCGCGUCCCGUCGUACCCGUUGGACCAGGAAGAGCUUGGGAUCAUAUCUUCUGUCCGGGAUGCUGGCGGUGCGGGCGCCGACAAAGGCCUCUGGACGCCCUUUACAAUCGCGCUGCAGGGCACCUUGCAGCUGUCACACCUACACCUCCACACGAAUAUAAAUGCCUUGUUCCAUAUGUCGCAGGACCCGGAUUCGGCAAAGACUACCACAUCAUCGCAGUCAUAUCUGAUUGCCUCGACCGCAUACUCAUUGCCAAACACAUCAUCUUCCGCGCCAGUUGAAGGCUCCAAGAUUGUUCGCAACGAGCCGUUAGUCCUUACUUUCAAUGUCGGCUGGAUUGACGGCGCGGUUCUACCUGGAAUGGUGGGAAGACCUGUCAUGAAGGUAACAGACCACAGCAUUGGCUUUUCGCUGUUGAGCUUCUUUGCUCUUGCUGCUAGCGCGGGCGUCGGGGCUAUGGCCAUGCUUGUGUACGAGCGGAGAAAGAGUGGGAGAAGUGGCAUCUACGGGAACGGGAUAUUGGGCGGCAAUGUUGGCAAUGGCAUGCCGAGGUCAUCGGGGUAUGGGGGAUACGGAGGAUAUACAAGCAGUUUUGGGAAGAGGGACUGA